AUGCCAAAUCCACAUGUUUUCUUUGAUAUGUCAGUUGGCGGAACUCCUGCUGGGCGUAUUACAUUUGAACUCUUUGCUGAUAAAGUACCAAAGACAGCUGAAAACUUUCGUGCUUUGUGCACGGGUGAGAAAGGAAUUGGCCGUUCAGGCAAACCAUUGCAUUACAAGGGCAGUUCAUUUCACCGUGUAAUUCCUGAUUUUAUGUGUCAAGGUGGUGACUUUACUCGUGGUAAUGGUACGGGAGGUGAAUCCAUUUAUGGUGAGAAGUUUCCGGAUGAAAACUUUUUGCUCAAGCAUAAGGGUGAAGGUAUUUUAUCCAUGGCGAAUGCUGGUCCCAACACGAAUGGCUCACAGUUUUUCAUUUGCACGGUCGAGACGUCGUGGUUGGAUGGAAAGCACGUGGUUUUUGGUCGUGUCGUCGACGGCAUGGAUGUGGUUAAGAACAUUGAAGGAGUUGGCUCGCGGUCGGGCCAAACCAAGAAACCCGUCGUUAUAGACAACUGUGGUGAGCUCUAA